CCCGCCGCUCUACCCGCACCGCGACGCUCCCCGAGCCCGUCCCCUCCCCAUGGCGACGGCGGACGCAGCGGCCCCGGCCCCGGCAGACGAGCGGCGCCCGGAGCGCUCCGGCAGCAGCGCCGGCACGGCGGCGAGCGGAGGAGCGGCAGCGACAGCAUCGGGACGAGGAGCAGCGGCGGGAGGAAGAGGAGGAGGAGGAGGAGGAGGAGGAGGCGGCAGCUCGCUGGAGCUGGCGGCGGCGCGGCGGCGCCUGGUGGCUGCGGAGUGCCGGCGGCGGGCGGCGGCGGAGCUGGAGGGCCGCGUGGUGCAGGUGCACUGCGCGCUGCGGCACGCCGAGCUGCGCCUGGCCGCCCGCGCCGAGGCGCUGAGCCGGCUGGGGAGCGGCGUGGCACAGGCUCAGCUGGCGCUGGCGGCUCAGGGGCAGCGUCUGCAGAAGGAGCUCCGCCGCCGACCUCGCCCCCGGCCCGGGGCUCUGCUGGCUGCGGCCCGAGCGCUCCGCAGCUGCGUGCCCUGGGCGUCGGGGAGAGCGCGGCGUUCCUCCGUGCCCACCCCCGGCCGGAGGCUGCCCGCUGCCCCCCGCAGCCCCGCGUAGAAAGGGGGCGGGGGGAGUUCCGGGGAAGGGUUGGGGUGCCGCGGGAUUGGGAGGCUUCGUGGGAACGCUGUGGGUUUGGGGACCCAGUGGCGUCUGGGGGUCUGGAGGGGGGUUUGAAGGGCUGUGGGGCUGUGGGUGUGAGAGAUGUCAUGGGAACGCUGUGGGUUUGGGGGUCCUACAGGGCAUAGGGGGACCCAGCAGGGUCUGGGGACCGUGAAGGUGCCUGAUGGGUCGGGGUGCUGUGAGUUGGGGGGUGUUAGGGAGCUCCUGUGGGGUUCCGGGGGUCCUGAAAGGCUUGCUCUGGUGGGAAGGACCCUGCAGGGUCAGGGGGAGCCCAUGGAGUGAGAGGCACCCAGCAGGGUCUGGAGUCCUUAGGGGUGGCUUAAUGGGGAGGGGGCUGGGAUUCUUGGAGUUCCUUAAGGGACUCGGUGGAAGUGGGGCUCUCUAGGGGACCUAACAGGGUCUGGAACCUUGGGGUGCCCUGAAGAAUGGGGGUGAAGGGGUCCCUGGGGGACUCCGUGGGGUUUGGGAUGCUUGAAGGACGCGGCAGGGUCUCGGUCCUUGAGUGCGUGGAGGGGGGACCCAGCAGGUCUGGGAACUUCUGCGGGGUUGGGGGACCUUGCAGGGCCGGGGUCCCUGGAGGAUCACAGGGUCUGGGGGCGAUAAAGGGGAUCCUGCUGUCGGCACCCCCUGGAAGCAGCAGCCGCAAUGGGGCCGGGCCCCUUCCCCAACUGAGCCUCACACCGGGGCUCGAGUGCUGGCAUUCAAACCUGAGGGGGCUGGGGGUCACCCCACACCCACCAGCCCCAGGUGGCGGCUUGAGCUUUGGACUGUGCGUCCUGGGAGGGCUGGGAGCAAAGAGGACCGGUCCUUGCCGUGACAUUGACCCUACGUGGAUCCCGCUGGGCUCAGCAGGACGCCUGGGACCGCUCUGCUUGCCAUCAGGCGGACGAUGCUCAGAGCUGGAAGCACGGGGACACGUUGAGCAAGCGUCCUUCGGGCACCCCAAUGUCACCCUGCAGCGGAGCGCGUCCUUGUGGGCUCAGGGCCGGAGCAGAAGGCUUCUACGGGACCGCUGUCCCCCCCCUGCCCUGAGCCGGCCUUGGGACGGGGGGUUUGGGCACAGCAGCAUCGUCCCCGUGCCGCCGGGAGCGCUGCCAGCCGCAGACCGGGGCUUUGCUUCUCCGCACCGCGCUUCCGUCCGCAGCGGCUUUCCUCGGAGGCUGCACCAAUCCUGCUGGAAGACCGACAGCUCAGCUUUCGCGUUGCUUUUUUUGAUGAUGAUGAUUUUUUU